AUGUCCUUCGGGCACUCCGGAAAUAGCAGCACUGGGUUUUCGUGGUUACGGCUGUUGACUCUGGCGCCACAAGAGAUGCAGACCAUAAAAAAAUCUGAAGAUUCGCGGAUACCGGACGAUCUCAAGGGAUGCGGCCUGCCUACUUGCGUCCCUUGGGACUUACAAGCGAGAGCCCUCUCCGACGUUUACUGGCGUUGCGCAGAGGUCCGCGCCGGGGGCGGCAAUCCCCUACCGGACGCUGUACGUCGGUGGAGGGAAGUGGCGAAGGAAAGGACAUUGAUCCUGUGGGAGGAGCGGUUUCAAGAGCCGCAGGUGAGUGUUGCCCUAAUAACGGCCAUACGCCCGCUCCUGAAAGAGUGGAUCACCCGGACAUACGGCGUACUCUCCUUCCGUCUGACACAGGUGCUGACCGGGCACGGCUGUUUUGGCCGGUACCUGUGUGAGAUAGUGAGGAGAGAGAAUGACACUAGGUGUCAUCAUUGUGGCGACGAAAGGGACACGGCCGAACACACUGUGAUGGUCUGUCCCUCAUGGACAGGGCAGCGUGCGGCCCUCGUGGCCGCAAUUGGACAGGACCUCUCGCUACCAGCUAUCAUUCGUGCAAUGCUGAGUAGCGAGACCGCGUGGACGGCAGUUGACACCUUCGCCCAGGAGGUUAUGGCUGCCAAGGAGGAGGCCGAACGCAGCAGGGACAGGGAGGCGGUCGACCCCUCGAGACGGCUAAGGCGGAGACGUGCGCGACGCCAGCACAAUGAUCCACCCUAG